GCAAAUAAAAUCAGUAUUGGCCACCAUACCUUUUUGUCAGCAUUUAGAAAACUUGUUAUACCUUAUAAUUAGAAACAGAAUAAUGAUUUUCCAUUUUUUGUCUCUUUUUGUAUGUAUGUGAUACCUAGUAAUGCAGUAAAAAAAAAACCCAGUUAAACACGCAUUUCAGUGUAUCAUGAUGCCAUGAUUCCAUUUGUGAAUGUAUUAUUUGAAUCUAUUUAUUAUUAUUUAUUGUUAACCAAAUGUAUACAGAUUUAACCCUAUAUUCAACCUCAGAGAGUCAUACCAACUGAAUGUCAGGUUGUCACUCUGAAUGAAAUGCCACAGUUCUUGGAUCAGGUGUCCCUGUGUCCUUCACAUCAGCAUCCUUCCAUCGCAUGCCUGGAUUUGCCAGCAGACUGUCACUAGCGGACGAUACCUGGGAACUUCCCACUAAAUAUUGGGAUGUCAAUACCCUUUUUAAAGAUGAAAAGAAAUUACAAUUAAGAAUUGUUGGUUUAUGUUUUAAAGCAAAAUAUAAGUUUCAUGGUAGCAAGGGACAGUUUCACACUUAAGUACAGCUCAAAUUUAUUUAAAGAUAGAGAUGUCCUGUAUUUGAAGUGACAUUUGGUAGGGGAUUGCGUACGUACAUGUGUUAGAAAUGAAUGGAAUAUUUUAUUAUACAUUGCAAGUGUAGCAGAGUGCGUAAUGGAAAAAAAAAGAUAUGCAUGAUGUAGGUGUCAGCAUUAUGCCUAGCAUAUACAUUGGGGGGGGGGGGGGGGUACUGAAGAAAUUCAGGUUAAAACCUACAGGGUCCAGCGAAAAUACUGCAACUCUGAGGGAAAGUAUGUGACCCCAGAUAUAAAAGUAGAAUUGAAUUGGUUCUUCGUGGUACACAGUGUCUAAAUCCCCUUGCAUGAUACUCUGAUGGAGUGUGGAUUUAGUCGAAAUUAGAGAAAAUCUAGGCAAGAUCAUAGCUCAUAGCAUACCAGUACCAGCAUGUAUGGAUCACAUGUAAUUUAUGGUCAUAAGCUACUCAGUGUAUAUAAAAUACAUGCAUUUGGAUAAAAGAGAAAUCUAUAUGAUUUUUCAUUAGCCUGUCAUAAUCAGACUUUGAUGUUACGUACCCCCACCUCCCACCCCCACCCCCAUUUCGGCCCAAACACACAUUUCGUUUAUAUUUCUGUUACAAUAUGAAGAAAAUAAUUCAAAUUAUGAUAAUAAAUAGGCCUUGUAAGUCUCGCGCGCCUCCUUUCCCGAAAGAGCGCUUCCGGGAACAUGGUAUACUGCUUCGCGUAUGGGUGUAAUCAUCGUAGUGAUAAAAGUACCACGAAUUGCCAUUUAUAUCGUUUUCCAACGGACGAAAAAUUAAGAAAAAAGUGGAUAGCUCUUUGCAGACGUGCUGACAGAGAAUGGAAUGCAGGUGAUAGGAUCUGCAGCUGCCAUUUUCAAAAUGGAUGCAAGGAAAAUGGCCCAUCAAUGUUUGUAUACUCCAAAUACCAGUUUCCAGAAGUGCCCACAAAUCGGAAAAGGAAAACAAUGGAACAAACUGAGGCCACAAUGUCAACAACCAGUGAACAAGUUGCCAUGUUCAUCUGCUACAUCUGUAAAUCUUGUAUCAACUGGAGAACAAGACCACAAUUACUUCCAUCCAUGUCCAUCUUUCCUUUACGCUUCAAAGAUAAACGAUUACCAUUCAAAGAUAAAAGAACUUGAAGAAGAUAUUGGGAAGUUAGAGAUAGAGAUAGAGAGCCUACUUCGAUGCAGACCUUCAAUGUCUAUUGACGCCAUAAAAAAUGACCAAGAAAAGAUGCUUUUGUACACAUCAUUUCCAUGUGACAUCUUUGACAUCAUAGUGAAGACACUACAAAGAUUUCAGCCCCCGAACUACUAUGCAGGAUGGAGUGUUGUAAAUGUGAGCCUAGAAAAUCAAGUUCUCAUAACUCUGAUGAAGCUUUGACUCAACUUAAGGGAUCUCGACUUGGCCGACAGGUUUUGUACAAGUCGGGCUACCAUUUCAAACAUACUUAACACUAUUAUAAGUGCCUUGCAUGAAAUCUUUUAUAACGGUGUUAUGGUAAGACUAGGCAUGCCCAGUCAACUGAAAUGUAAGGGGUCACAACCUAAAUCUUUUGAAGAUUUCGGCUCUGUAAGAGCAUCUAUUGAUUGCACUGAAAUAACACAAGAUCUGACUUUAGUAGACAAAGUGCUUCAUAUAGCAAUUACAAGAGUCGGCAUACUAUGAAAACUUUAACUGCUGUUGCUCCAAAUGGUUCUUGUGUUUUUGUGUCACCUCUAUAUCCUGGGUCAGUGUCAGAUGCCAACAUUGUUGAACAUUCUCGGUUUUUAGAUAAUCUUAGUCCAGGAGAUUUAAUUCUGGCUGACAAGGGAUUUAACAUACAUGACAAGAUGCCUUCUGAGGUUCAGCUCAACAUCCCUCCAUUUCUUGUUAACAAGACUCAUUUUACAAGCAAAGAAGCUGAUUUAUGUUAUAAAAUUGCACGAAACAGAAUUCAUGUUGAAAGGGUUAAUGAGCGGUUAAAAAAUUAUCAGAUUUUAAGCCACAUUCCAGCAAACUACAGAUCUUUGUCUACAAAAAUUAUGCAACUUUGUGCAUGCUUUGUUAACCUUCAAGCACCAUUACUUAAAGAGAUUGCUUAAACAAUCUUGUCUUCUUCUGUAGAACCAUUGGGUCAAUAUCAACCAAACUAGGCACAAAGCAUCCUUGGGUGAAGGGCUUUUAAUUUUCAUGACGUAAAGUUUGCUAUGUAACGUGAUCAUUUUGAAAAAGAUAAAGUAAUUUGGUCUGCAAACUUUUGAAAAUUAUUCCAUUCAUAGCAUCGUUUACGAUUUUAUUUUUAUGUAGGCUGAUGAGAGUUGAAGAUAACAAAUAGUGAUCAAUCUCAUAACUCCUACAAGCAAUAUACUUAAUUUUUAUUUGAGCAGGUCAGAAGUUGUCUGCUGCUCAUUAGCAUUGGUAUUUAGAUGUAGAUAACAUUUCGUAUGCGUAGCAGGUUGGAAGUUGUCUGCUGCUCAUUUUUGUUGCAUGUUCUGUGUCAUUUUAAAAAAAAUGUUCCCUUCUUCAGGCAGGUCAGAGGUUGGCUGUUGCUUUGUGGUUUUUUUUUUCAUUUGCAUUUUGACUGGUUUUGCCCCCCCCCCCUCCCUGGGCUCAAUUUAUCUUGUGUAAGCUAUAUCUUAUUAUGGAUCCUAGUAUAUAUUAUUUUCUAGUUUAUCUUACUAUAAAUAAUUACAACAUCUGUAUCUUAUAUUGAAUUAGCCAUAUUUAUCAUUUGAUCGGGAUACUUUUAUUUUUCAUCUGGCAUUCAUUGGGUGGCACAGCAACUUACAUGCACCUUGUUGCAUGUCUCAUUGCUUGGUGGCAAGCUUUUUUUGUGCACCACCUUUUUGACAUCAUUAGUGUUUUAGUUGUAUAUUGGCUUGGAUCAAUCUGUGUAAUGUAUAUUUUUAUUUGCACCGUUGAAAAAUUUAGUCCCAUUUUUUAUAUUAAGUGGUCCCAGCCAAUUAAUUUUGUAAAAUAUUUCAACUGUUUGUCAUUUGUUUCAAUAAAUGACAUAAUCACUUAAUAUUGUUGUUUCAUCAUAAUAAUAGUCAGCUGUGACAAAGAAUGAACUUCCGAAUGUCAGAGGUCCUUCCAAUAUUAUACAUCUCUUAUCUUCAAAAUUGUUGAAUAUAAAUAAAAUUCUUAUGAAGUCCACCACCUAUACACAUGAGCUUGUAUAUUCAUUCAAAAUGUUUGUUUUUUCAUGUGUUUAUUUACAAAAAAUAUGUAAUGUCAACAUAAAUAUUGUAAACAUAGUCAAAA